AUGGGCACAGCAAGGUGUGCUCAGGCAGUGGGUGAAGGAGAAGAGGCAGUUGGUGUACAGCAGCAGCUUGCCCUGUGUAAAUUGGUCAGCCAGGGCUCCCUGAUUGGUGCAGGUUUGGGACUGUUACGCCCAUAUCUACCUGGAGAUCAUCACACCAUGGUUCAUGUUACCGUUCAAGGGCAGUUUCAUCAACAAACAUCAGACUCAAAUAAACUCUCCGACCUCCACCAGCUGUGGCUCUGCAAUGCAGGUGUCAGAUGUUUUGAUGCAACGUGUAAUUUAUUUAAGAAUGUGAUAAAAAUUGUAACAAUGAGAAAUGAAACUGCUGUGGGCAAUUCCGCCAAAGUGAAUCCGGACCUUACGCGAAAAACGGUGCAGGGAGGUUCAUCAGUUCUCAUGCACUGUACUUUCUCCGCCGAAUUUGAUUAUUCAAAUGUUACAGCUUACUGGUGGAAAGAAGAUAAUAAAACCGUUCUGCAGGAGGACAGCAAAAAGCUCUUCCGUGUAAUUAGAGGAGAAGCCUCCCUUAAACUCCUGAACGUGACAGUCCGGGACGCUGGAACGUAUCACUGUGCAGUCGCAUAUCAGAAACAAAAGCUUGGGCAAGCUGCUGUGCAACUUAUUGUAUAUGCUCUACCAGCUCCUCUGAAAAUUGUCUCUGUUCCAUCGGAAGAUCUUUUUUCUGCUUCUCUUCGACUCCAGUGCAGGACGUCUGACUUUUACCCGAAAGACUUUAACCUUACUUGGUUCAAAAAUGGUACAAAGAUAUUGACAGGAUUUAGGAAUGAACAGCUGGCAAAGCCUGAGGGUCUUUAUGAAGUCGUCAGCACCUUAGAGUUGCGAGAGGCAGUCGAGAGUGGGACAGCUUACACCUGUCAAGUAUAUCACGUUUCAAGCUCAUUUCCAGCAAAUGCCAGCUAUACUGUGAUAAAUAAAGAUUUUGCCUCGAACAUCAGUGUUACUGUCGCCGCUGGUUGUGCUGCUGGUGCAUUUGCAAUUCUAAUAUUGGUCCCGAUGAUGGCCAAGGGUUUUCUGUUCUUUACAUCCAAAGGACGGGAAACCAAAAAUUCAAGAAAUCCAACUCAGCAAGAAGACGGGAGAAAAGAAGAGAUGCCUGAUGAUAAAUUGACAUAUGCUGCUCUUAAUCUAGUUGGCUCUGAGGAUGGCAUAAUGCUGAAACAACAGGAAGAAAUCACAGUGUAUGCAGAGACAAAACACAGCAUGGCAGACGGCAGACUGACUUACCUUGCUCUGAAAUCCAAUGAUUCCAGUACAUCAUCAAAAUCCAAAAACCAAGAAAAAAGUCCAGUGUAUGCAGCGGUGAAAAGCAGAAACUAAAUUGGGGAAACAAAAAUACUCAUAAAAGAUAGAAGCACACAAUAUAUCACUGAGACUUUUAUGCUUUUUAUCAA